AUGGCGCCAUUUGGUCAGACGAUCGCCGUGAUUGACAAGUCCGGCAAAGUUGUGAGCACGGUAUGGACUCCUCUAUCUCCUUGUCAUCAAAGUCUCAUUCUCACUUUUGGCCAGAGUAAACAACUAUUCGGCGUCUUCAACCAAGCCAAAACCGCCUACCGCGAACGCAAGUCCCAGUAUGAAUCAGAGCGCAGUGCCAAAAUCGCCGAGCAGCAGGCGCUGCAGGGGCUCGCCAACUACCAGAUCGAUGAUUCGCCGUCGGUAGCGUCCCGUCGAAGCCGCGGCACCAAGUCCCGGCAUCAUUCUAGCCGCAGUCACCACCACCGCCAUCGUGCCUCCUCUCACUAUGAACAGGAUUUGCAUUCGGUCGCCUCACGGCCGCAGUCGUACUAUGGGAUCCCCGCAGAUGCUGUUGCCCGCCGUCACACGCAUCACGAUAUCACACUCCGCCAGCCGCCCGCCCGCCCCACAACGGCCCGGUCUAGGUCCGACGCUCAUAUUGACAUGGACUUGGCGUACGGCGACGCCCAUCCCGCAGCGCUGUCUCGCUAUAACCCCGGCGAGCAGCAGCAGCAGCCAGUCUCCGAUCAAAAACAGCUCGAUGGUCUGGUCCACCGCGCGCAGUGGCUCCUCGAGGAAGCCCACUGUGUGCAGCACGGUGCCACGGCGACGAUCUCCCACUUGCAAAAGAACCCCGAUGCCAUGGCCGCCGUCGCAUUAACCCUGGCCGAGAUCAGCAAUCUCGCCCGUAAGAUGGCGCCCUCGGCCCUGACAGCGCUCAAAUCCGCCGCGCCCACUGUCUUCGCACUCCUCUCCAGCCCGCAGUUCCUCAUCGCCGCCGGCGUCGGGCUGGGCGUGACCGUGGUCAUGUUCGGCGGCUACAAGAUCGUCAAGCAGAUCCAGUCCGGCAACGCCGACGCCGAGAAACAGUCCGCCGGCAUGGAUGACAUGAUGGAACUGAACGUCGAGGAGCUGAGCAGUGUGGAGCGGUGGCGACGCGGCGUCGCUGACAUGGAAGCCGUCAGCGUCGGCACUUCGGUCGAUGGCGAGUUCAUCACCCCGACGGCCGCCGCCAUGUCUGGCAUCGACGUCACCACGGCCCGGGCUGCCAAAGACCCCCGAUUCAAAUACGAGGACGAUGUCUCUGUCGCAUCUUCCCGUCGUUCGCGCCGCUCGCGCUCAUCCCGCGCCCCGACUCGUACUCACUCCAAACGCGAACCAGAGGCUCCCUCUAAGGCUCCAUCGAGCUUCUUUUCCCGGUCGUCUUCCAAAGCUCCCUCCAAGGCCCCCAGUAGGGCUCCCAGUAGAGCACCUAGUAGUCGAGCGUCGUCCAAGACCCCGACGCAGGUGACUCACUCGGAGAAACGGCCCAAGGAAAAGAAGAAGGGGCCCAGUCGUUUGCGGCUUAUGUUCACACCCUGA